GGGGGGGGGGGGGGGCACAGUUCAUUCAUUCAUCUGAGCGGGAAGAGCGAGAUCAGCGCCUGCGUCACAUCCAAAAUGCCGCCUCGCCGUUCCAUUGCGUUGAGCUCACGGUUUUUUUUUUUCCGAACGCAGCCUUUUGUUUCCCCAACCUUCGGGACGAGACGGGGCUGAUGGGCACCUGCCGGGACCCGCAGCACCCUGCCCUGCUGUGAGCCCCCCCGGGAGCUCAGCGCCCUGCAUGGGGGAGCUGGCCGCCUUCUAGCUGUGCUGCUGAGCGAACGACACAGCAGUGCCCUAUUGCAUCAGGAGAGCUUUCCGGGGUGCGGGGGGAGGGGGAGGGAGGGCUGCUGGGUGCCUCGCUGCUGCCGUAAGGAAAAAGCGGCGUAGCUCCCAGCAGUUCUCCGGCGGUGGUUCUUCCCCGUCCCCGCACCGCCUGUUGCUGGCCGUUUCUCCGCUGUGUGCCGGCAGAGGAGCGGUGCGCGCAGCCCGGCACCCAUUGCCCGCACAGCACGUGGCCGCCGGGCCGAACUGUGCCCCACGGCCCCGAGCGGCCCCAGGGCACGUGGGGCUCUGAGAGACCUCAGCCACCCCCGACGUGGCCAUUCGUGGGGUAGCACCGCACUGCUGCCGCUCUGCGUUUCCCCUUUGCUUCGGGUUCGGGGCGCUCCGGAGCAUCGCAGGGAUCCCGGUCCCGUCUUUUUUUUUUUUUUUUUUUCUUCCUUCUCCAAAUCUGCGAUUUUGGAGGGAUCGCUGCAGGCAGGACGGACUGGCCGUGAUGUUGGCGCCGGCCGGCUCCGUGCGGGCCGAGAUGAAUGGACGGGGCGGGCUUCACCUCCCAGCCCGAGGGCGGUGCCGGGGCGGGGCGCGGCGGGAAGCCGGCUCAGGAGGGGAGGAGGGCUGGAUCUCGGCUCGGAUCUCGGCUCGGCUCGGCGCUCACAGCGGGAGGAACCGCUCUGCUCCCCGACCGUGCAGACGGCGGAGCCGGGGCGGAACGCGGCGAGACCCGAACCGAACCGUGCCGGUGAGUCGCUGCGGGCCGGGCGUUUUCCGAGCACAGCCGGUGCCGCUUCCAUCAGCCACGCGGUGCGGAGGAGGACGAGCUGCCGUCGGUGCCGGUGCGGGUUGCUGCGCGCCCGUCCGAACGGCGCGGUUGAGGCGCGCUCCGCGCUUCCUGCCCCGCGCCUUCCCGCGCUUUCUGUGCCGCUCCGCGCGGGGAGAUGGGACGAGGAAGUUCCGUACCGACAGGCGAGCAGCUCCGGUAGCGUGCGGGCAGCUCCUGAGCUGGGGAUGUUCGGGACCCGCCUGUACAACGUGCUGUAGGAACCUGCGUUAGGGCCGGGACUCCGUGACCCCCACACGUCCUCCCCAAACCCCGUGAUUCUGUCGACGUGGGCAUAGAAUAGAAUUAUAGAACUACAGAACGGCCUGGGUUGAAAAGGACCACGAUGAUCGUCUGGUUUUAACCCCCCCCUGCUACGUGCAGGGUUGCCAACAUCAGAUCAGUUUGCUCAGAGCCGUAUCUCUCACUCUGUGCCCAUUCCUCACGGGCAGCUCCACGGGAUGCUCAGGAUCCAGAGUGUUUUUGGGGAUAGCUGAGUGUGGGGCUGGGGGUGGCACACUGACACCAUGCACGGCCCUGGGGCUGUGUGCAUGCAGGGGAUGCGUGCUGGGAGCCUUGCACUGUGCUCACUGCGUGUCUGGCCAUGCAUCCCCAGCGAGGGUGCAGUGCUGAUGUUGGGAGGAACGAAUGUGUUUGUGUGACUCAGCCCAGCACGUUUGGUCUCCCUACCUUUGCUUCUGCGCACACCCACACGCACCUCAUUGGGAGGGUUGUGCCAAGCAGUCAAGUUUGGGCCGAGGGAUCUCUGUGUGCCAAACGUGGAGAGUUGCUCAAAGACAGCGGGGCAAGCUCUGGGAUGUGCCAGGCCCUCGGGGCUGGGACCACACAGUGUUUGUUUAAGGAGCCCAUUUUGUGCUGUGGACUUGUGCUGGGUUUGUCUCCGGCUCGUUUUCCUGGUGCAGGGGUUGUGCAGGUGGGUGUGCAGCCCUGCACUGCUGGUCUCCAUCCCAGUGAUGUGCCUGGGGCUCUAUGCCGACGGGUCAGCCAAGGGACUGCUGCUCCCAUGGGGUGGCAGUGGCAUUGCUGCGUGGAUUCAGCUCCAUGAGGGACGCUGAGUUUCACGCUGCUACAACAACUUCUCUUGCAGGGCUUCUGAGCAGUGAAAGGACAAAAUGUUCGGGGGAAAAAUGAGCAGCCUGGGGAAGAAGCUGAUCCGCCGGCGCGUGGUGGAUCUGAGCUCCGAGGAGACGCGCUUUGCUCGCUGCCUCUCCACGCUGGACCUCAUCGCCCUGGGGGUGGGCAGCACGCUGGGUGCUGGUGUGUACGUGCUGACGGGGGAAGUGGCCAAGGAUACAGCUGGUCCGUCCAUCGUCCUCUGCUUCCUGGUGGCCGCGCUGUCAUCGAUACUGGCCGGGCUCUGCUAUGCAGAGUUUGGAGCCCGCGUCCCCAAGACUGGCUCUGCCUACCUCUACAGCUACGUCACGGUUGGUGAGAUCUGGGCUUUCACCACCGGCUGGAACCUCAUCCUGUCCUACGUGAUAGGCACAGCCAGCGUGGCCCGAGCCUGGAGCGCGUCAUUCGACAACAUCAUCGGCAACCAAAUCUCCACCUUCUUCAUGAACAAGACCACGCUGCACCUGCCAGGGGUGCUGGCCGAGCGCCCGGACUUCUUCGCGUUGAUCCUGAUCGCGUUGCUCACUGCACUGCUGACCUUCGGCGUCAGCGAAUCCGCCCUGGUGAACAAAAUCUUCACGGCGGUGAACCUGCUGGUGUUGGCCUUCGUCUUCAUCGCCGGCUGCAUCAAGGGAGACAUCAAGAACUGGCAGCUCACAGUGGAGGAUUACAUCAACCUCACGCACUCAGAUGAGCCAGAAGAGGUCAGAAUAAACACCUUCGGUUCCGGUGGGUUUGUCCCCUUUAAGCUGGAAGGGGUCCUGAUGGGUGCUGCCACGUGUUUCUACGCCUUCGUGGGUUUUGACUGCAUCGCCACCACAGGGGAGGAAGCCAGGAACCCGCAGCGCUCCAUCCCCAUUGGCAUCAUUGUGUCCCUCCUCAUCUGCUUCGUGGCCUAUUUCGGGGUCUCCGCGGCCCUCACGCUGAUGGUUCCCUACUUCCUGCUGAACAAGAAGAGCCCGCUGCCCGAGGCUUUCAAGGCGGUGGGCUGGGAGCCCGCCCGCUAUGCCGUUGCCAUUGGCUCGCUCUGCGCUCUCUCCACCAGCUUGCUGGGCUCCAUGUUUCCCAUGCCACGUGUGAUCUACGCCAUGGCGGAGGAUGGGCUGCUCUUCAAGUUCCUCUCCAAAAUCAACAGCCGCACCAAGACUCCUCUCUCGGCCACCAUCACCUCAGGGCUGCUCGCAGCGGUGUUGGCCUUCCUGCUUGACCUGAAAGACCUGGUGGACCUCAUGUCGAUCGGCACACUGCUGGCUUACUCCCUGGUCGCUGUGUGUGUGCUCAUCCUCAGGUACCAGUCUGGGCAACUGAACUCCCCAAAGGCCAUGGAGAUGCUGGAGCUGAACGGGAAUGAGGAGGAGAGAGUUGUCAUGAACCCAAACAUCGCUGCCACGGGCACCAAACAGAAGGAGACGCUGUCCCUUACAGCACUCUUCAAUCCAUCUGCAGACACUCCCACAGCGCUCUCAGGGCGCAUCGUCUAUGUCUGCGUCUCAAUCAUGGCUGUGCUGGUAACGGUCAUCUGCGUGGUGCUGACCCUCAAGGUGAAGGCAUUGAAGGAGGCCAACGUUGCCUGGAUCUUGGUCCUGGUGCUGCUCCUCGUGGCUCUGCUCAUCCCCACCAUCAUCAUUUGGAGGCAGCCACAGAGCAAUGCGCGGCUGAACUUUAAGGUACCUUUCCUCCCACUCCUUCCGCUCUGCAGCAUCUUUGUUAACAUCCUGCUGAUGGUGCAGCUGAGUACCGGCACCUGGGUGCGCUUUGCCAUCUGGAUGGCUGUGGGUUUUAUGAUAUACUUUGGCUAUGGCAUUCGGAACAGUGUGGAAGGGAAAAAUGCAAAAGAGCUUCGAGGUUCAACGACAGAAAACCCUCUACACCACCCUGGGAUGGAGCUCAGCCCUGGAGCUGCUGCAAUCUGAGAGAGGCGGUGGUUGUGAUCAACAUCACUACUCGGAGAGCUGUCAGUACUGCAGUGCUGGAAUGAGACCACAGACUGCUCAGCACAGCCAUCCCAUGGGGCCUGAGCCCAGAGACUGCCGUGCGCUGCCUUUUCCCCUCGCUGAGCAGGGGUCGUGGAGAGGAGACCCCGGGCUGGGGGGAUGCUGGUGGCCUGGGGGCUGCUCCACCCCGCCGAGGGGCAAUGACACUGAUACGGCCCUCCCAGUGUGAAAGCUGCUGUCACAUCCUGCUUCUCCUGCCCACGGGACACUCCAUGUGGUGGUACUGUUGUAUUUGUGUCAAUGCAAGUGUUACUGAAGUUGACCAGUCCUGGUACUGCCCAGUGCCCUGCAGCAGCACAGGGCUCAGCACCCGCAGCCCCAAUACAAUCCCAUGCCCGUGCUGAGCCCUGUGCUGCUGGACCCAUUCGCUUGGUGUGAACAUCACACUCAGCUCCUUGUGAUGAUGUCUGCAGUGUAGACAUGAGUGUCCAACCUUGUAUGCCUUCGUACAAUUGGGAUUUCGGUGUUGAUUUUUAUACUUAUUGAAGUCUAAAUGGUUUGUGUUUUUUUUUUUUUUUUAACUGCUUGGCUCUGUUGGUCCAGCUGCAUCUCACUUCAAUGCCUGUGUCCUGCAGCCUGGGCUGGGGGGUGGGCCUGUCCUUGUGUGUCUAUGGUCACAUGCUGAUGGGAAGCAGUGCAGUGGGGCACCCAGUCCCCUGCUCCUGGUACUGGGGUGUGCGAUAGCAGUGGGCUGGGCCCUGUGCCACAUGGCAGUGUGUCAUCAUGUCCCAGUGCUGCUGUAAAGACCUCAGAAAUAGCCCCUGGGGCUCCCACUGAGCCUGUGGGGGAGGCACAGCCAGGAACUGGGCCGAAGACGAUUUCCCAGAUUCCGGUCUGGUCUCAAUCAGCCCUG